GCCGAGAUGGCAGGAGGAGUGUUGCGGAAAAAACCUCCCGGCUCCCCGUCUCCUCUUUGGGGGACGCUUCACACACUGUGGCAGGACAAACAUUUGGUCCUGUUUAAGACGGAAUAUACGUUACUGGUCGUUUCAGUGUUGUGGUUGCUGGAAAUCGUGAUCAAUGUGUGGGUGAUACAGAAAGUAGCAUACACUGAGAUAGACUGGAAAGCCUACAUGGAUGAAGUGGAGGGGGUCAUCAACGGCACCUAUGACUACACCCAGCUUAAAGGAGACACGGGCCCCUUGGUGUAUCCGGCUGGCUUUGUCUACAUCUUCACAGCUCUAUACUACAUCACCAGUCAUGGGGUGAACAUCCGUCUGGGCCAGUACAUUUUUGCUGUUUUCUACCUCAUCACACUGCUGUUGGUCUUCAGAAUAUACUACCGCACUAAGAAGGUUCCUCCCUAUGUGUUUUUCUUCGUGUGUUGUGCCUCCUAUCGGAUCCACUCCAUCUUUGUCUUGCGACUCUUUAAUGAUCCAGUUGCCAUGAUGCUGCUGUUUGCGGCUAUCAACCUCUUCAUGGAUGGAUACUGGACCCUGGGCUGUGGACUUUACAGUUUAGCAGUGUCUGUGAAAAUGAACGUGCUUCUUUUUGCCCCUGGGCUACUUUUCCUCCUCCUGACCGAGUUUGGUCUCAUCAGGACAAUCCCGAAACUUUCUCUGUGUGCAGGCAUACAGCUUCUGCUUGGUCUGCCUUUCCUCCUGGAGAAUCCUGUUGGUUACAUGAGUCGGGCCUUUGAUCUUGGACGUCAGUUUAUGUUCAAGUGGACAGUCAACUGGCGCUUCCUACCAGAGUGGCUCUUCUUAAACCGCUACUUCCAUUUGCUCCUGCUGUCAGUCCACCUACUCACCCUGCUCCUCUUUGCCCUCCGCCGAUGGAAGAGACCCAGAGAAAACAUCUUCGAAAUCCUGAUGGAACCAAGCAAGAGGACAGUUCCUGCUCAGAAAAACACUGUGGAUCAGAUUGUGCUGAUUCUAUUUACCUCUAACUUCAUUGGCAUGUGCUUCAGUCGUUCGUUGCACUACCAAUUUUAUGUCUGGUACUUCCACACACUGCCUUUCCUGCUCUGGAGUGGAGGAGUCAAAAAGCUGGCACACCUGCUCAGGGUACUAAUUCUGGGUCUUAUCGAGCUUUCGUGGAACACCUACCCCUCUACUAAUAGCAGCUCAGCUGCCCUUCUCGUCUGUCACCUUAUCAUCCUCCUCUGUCUGUGGCUGGCUCCACCCCUGCUUUCAGCACCUGAUGAAACACAAGGAGAUGCACCUGUCAAGGACAAACGCCAGUGAUCCACAGCCUGAGCAGGCCGUACAUCGUAUUCGGUCUAAUCGGCUGCCAAACAGCCUCCAUCCUUUGAUCCCGCAACACCGGCCGGAGGGAGAUCACUGGGAUACACUGUUUUUAAGUGAAUAAAAGGAGCCAUUUGAUGCUUCUCAUCACAGCUCAGUGCAAGAGAAGGAAGUUAGCAUGUGGGUGAACACCUACAUGGCAUGUCCCUUGAAGAGAUGAAGAGAAAGGAAAUAUGGAUUCUCAGGUUAUUGGUUUUCAGAUACAUAAUAGGAAGAGUGGAGUACAGUGCUGAGAGAACAUUUUGAAUGUUUGCCAGUGUUGAUAGAAUUUGUUACAUAGGCUUUAUUUCUAUUUAAGUUAAAACUGCCCUCUGCCCAUGAUUCAUCCAGCCAAAUCAGUUUUCCUUGUUUGAUAUUAUCCAAAACUGUCAUACACUGGCGUCCAAAUGAUGAUGUACUUUGCUCUAUGAAAAGAGUAUAUUGAUGAAUGUCCCUAAUAUCCCAAAGUUUUAAAUUCAGUGCGUGUCAGAAAGAAGCUUGUGGCAUUUCCACUUGCUACAGUAAAUGCAGUAUUCUCCAGUACGAGGCCAAAACUCAUCCACAAACAAGUAAAACUAAGCUGUAGACAAUCAUAGCUAUUUGUCUGUCUGGUUCGUUAUGUCAUUGAUUCAUCCUCUGUUCUGAGUGGCUCACACCACUCAUCAACACACGAGUAGAUUUAAUGUGAAAAAUAUGCAGUUGACUGAAACUGCGAAAGUUUGACAUUUUAUAUUAAACAUAGAUGCCACUUAA